GCGUCGCCGCGCCGCGCCGCUCGAUACGCGCGGCGCGCGCGUACCGCGCGCCGCCCCUCGCCCCAUUGCCACAAUAUCAGCCCUCCAAACAACACCAUGACGCUUCCCGGUGAAAAUAACCAAUAAUUCGAACAAUAAUAACCUACUAUUUGUACAAUAAAGUUCAUUCCCUUCAAGUGUCUCUAUUCGAGUCAAGAAGAUAGCCGUAGGACUUAGCCAGCACAUGAAAGAUGAAUGAACUGGAUUUGAUCAAGGAGGUCGAGAAACGGCCGAUUUUGUACGACAAAUCGGUCAGUGGCUUCAAUAAAACAAAACUCAGGGAUGAUGCCUGGAAAGAAGUCCAAGAGGCACUCAAUGUGUCAGCUGAAGCAGAGUGUAAGAAGCGCUGGCGAUCCCUCCGCGACUCUUUCAUCAAACUGCAGAGGACUCACGGAGGCAGGACUCGGUGGCCGUACCAUCAGGCCAUGAGGUUCCUUCUGCCGCACUUGGACCCCGCCCACAACAGUUCAUCCAGAAAAGAGGAAGACUCAGACACGGAAGAAGAGCGCCGCCCUCAACAGUCUCUCCCCGACCUCUCCUUCCAAGACAAGUUCGAGUAUGACGACGAACAACCAGCACCUAAGAAGGCCCGCCUCAACUCCUCGGAGGAAGAACCACAGAGAACUGACCCAGACGAACUAUUCCUCUUCAGCUGCGCGCCGAUCUUGAAGAGAUUAAACUCAAAACAAAACGCGGCAGCGCGCUUGAAAAUCUUACAAGUUCUGUAUGAGGCCGAGUUCGGAUGUCAAGUGGAAAUGCCAUACGUCACGACAACUGAAAAUGGGUUGGGGAUUAUCGAUGGUGUUGAAUAAUUUAUAGUUAUAAACUUUUAAAAAGUGGACUUAUAUUGACCGGGAUAUGGACCGUGAUUACCUUUUACAAAAGGUAAUAUAAUGUAGGUAGGUCAAUAUAAGUCUAGUGAAAUAUUUUAAAAAGUGCUUAAUCAUAAGAGUUCAGUGAUCUCAAUACAGAAACUUCACAAUAAUGUUUGCAAGGUCAUGUUUAAACUGUUUAAAGUAGGCUCCUUUUGAUACAUAGAUUUUUGUACGUUCACGUUUUGACGACCACUCAGUCACUUACCUACUUGUAAAGUUUGCAGUGGCGGAUUUUCAGGGUUGCCCGCCCUGAGCCCCAGGCGGCCUGGGCCAGGCCCUGUAGUUCUGUGCCUGUAGUAACUACUAGCUGCCCCUUUUUCAGCACCCAUCAUAAAGACUGCCCCUCCUGUAGCUCGGGUCUACUGCCUUAGAGCAAAGAUAGAUAUAACUCCGUAAUAGAUGGAUACAGUCUAAGGAAAAAACGUGCCUCGAAAAACACGAAAAUUUGAUUCUCGAUCAGAUGGCGCCACUAGCUUUGGC